AGCCUGCUGGGUCUGAGGAGUGCAGGGAGGAAAGGGGGUUUGGCGUGAAAACAGAAGAAAUGGCCAGCAAAGUGGUAGACCUGUUGUAUUGGCGAGAUGUAGGGAAAACAGGGCUGGUCUUCACAGGGCUGGUGGUGGGCUUAGCCUGCCUGUUUCAGCUCAGUGCCAUCUCUCUGUUGUCUAACCUGGGCCUGGGCAUCAUGGCCUUCACCCUCCCUGUGCGGCUCCUCUUUAAAACAAUGGACCUGGUUCGUCUUAAUGAUGGAAGUCAUCCGUUUCAGUUCUAUUUGGACGAGGACAACACUUUGACAGAUGAGACCACAGUUCGUGUUGUGGAGAAGAUUGUGCUCCUGAUCGCUACUUUAAUCACAGAGUUGAAGAGACUCGUCUUCAUCGACAGUAUAAUAGACUCGCUGAAGUUUAUUGUGCUGCUGUACCUGUUGACCUACGUUGGGGUGAAAGCCAAUGGUCUUACUCUUGUGAUUUCUGGUGUGAUUUGUGCUUUCUCUCUGCCUUUGGCAUACAGAUUUCAGAAGGACCGGAUUGACAGGAUAAUCUCUGCAGUCCAAUCAUUGGUGACAAAAACAAAGGAGAUAGUUGAGCUUGUGAUGUCAUUAGUCAAACCUCCUCCUCCUCCUCCAGCUCCAGCUCCUGUGCCGGCUCCUACACCCAAAUCCAAACUUAAGACCAAAUAAUGAGACUUAUGAUUGAGAUGGAGAGAUGGCAGCAAAAAGGACAUUUAGUCUUAUUGUACUGUUAUGGUUGGGAGGUAUUAUUGAUGUUGGAAAACAUAAGAAGUGGAAUGAAAUCAAUUUCUAUAUCUUGUGCUAGAAAUGUGCUGGAAUUUAUUACAGUAGUUCUGCAGCUGGUCUCUAAGUCAGAGUCAAACUCUAAGUGCAAAAAAAAAUGCAUCUAAAAUCAGUGAAAAAAGGUUCCUUGUUGGAACAUGCAAAUAAUUUAUAGUGUAAAUUUACUGUAACUAUUAAAUUAAAGAAAUUAUUUCUAAUGUCAGGCUACUAUGUGACUUUAAAAUUGCUUUGGGCUUAAUUUCUGAUGCAACAUUAUCACAUAUGGGUGGCAUUGUGGUGUAAGCUCCAGGGUUGAUCCUGUCACUAUCUGUGUAGAGUUUCUGGGUUCUCCCAGUCUUUUUUGUGGGUUGUCUGUAUUUUCCUGUUUCCUCCCAGAAACAUGUAGGGAGGUGUGAAUAAGUUUGCAAAUGUGUGUGAGUUUCUAUAAGUAAUUGGUGCCCUGUGAUAUACUUAAAUGUUUAAUGUUUUCAGGAUAGCCUCCAAAUCCACCAUGACCUCGAUCGCAAUAAAGUUCUUACUGA